AUGGCUGCUACUAUCCGUACCGAUCUUCCAGCUCCCAUUGGGGACAAGCAGCUGGAGAAGAAGCCCAUCAAGUUCUCCAACUUGCUUCUCGGCGCUGGUCUCAACCUCUUCGAAGUGACCACCCUCGGACAGCCUCUUGAGGUCGUCAAGACCACCAUGGCUGCCAACCGAGGUGACAGCAUGGCUGCGGCUUUGGGACGCGUCUGGGCCCGUGGUGGUCCCCUAGGCUUCUACCAAGGUCUUAUUCCCUGGGCCUGGAUCGAAGCUUCCAGCAAGGGCGCCGUCCUUCUCUUCGUCGCCUCCGAGGCCGAGUACUAUGCCCGUGUCGCUGGUGCCUCUGAGUUUGGCGGUGGUAUUCUUGGUGGUGUCACUGGUGGUGUUGCCCAGGCUUACGCCACCAUGGGUUUCUGCACCUGCAUGAAGACGGUCGAAAUCACCAAGCACAAGAUGGCUGCCACCGGUGUCAAGCCUCAGUCUACCCUCCAGACCUUUGCUGAGAUCUACCGCAAGGAGGGUAUCCGUGGCAUCAACAAGGGUGUCAACGCUGUCGCUAUCCGACAGAUGACUAAUUGGGGUAGCCGAUUCGGUCUCAGCCGUCUCGCUGAGGGCUGGAUCAAAUCUUUCACUGGCAAGAAGGAGGGCGAGAAGCUGUCCGCUGGCGAGAAGGUCAUCGCCAGUGCUCUUGGUGGUGGUCUCAGCGCGUGGAACCAGCCCAUUGAGGUCAUCCGCGUCGAGAUGCAGAGCAAGAAGGAGGAUCCCAACCGCCCCAAGAAGAUGACGGUCGGCAACACCUUCAGGUACAUUUACGAGACCAACGGCAUCAGGGGUCUUUACCGUGGUAUCGCUCCCCGUAUUUCUCUUGGUAUUUGGCAGACUGUCUGCAUGGUUGCUUUUGGCGAUAUGGCGAAGACUUAUGUUGAGAAGCUGACCGGCGAGUCGGUCACCGCUAAGCAUUAG